GAAAGCUAUGUUCAGUGUAGGUGUUUAGAGAACCCCUUGUACUCGGUGGCUAAGGUUCAGUUGUUGUUGCAGGUUUUGAUAACAUGAUCACCACCAUGUGUUUUGCAUGGCUGAACCUACUAGUGAAGCCAUUGAAGAUGGCCCUACAAGUGAAGCCAUUGAAGAUGACAUGGCUGAACCUACUGGUGAAGCCAUUGAAGAUGGUGCUGCUACUAUUGGAUUGGAUGACUACUGUACAUGGCUAAACCUACUAGUGAAGCCAUUGAAGAUGGUGCUGCUACUAUGGGAUUGGAUGACUACAGUCGCCACCAAAGAUGGUGCUGCUACCAUUGGAUUGGAUGACUACAGUCGCCACUCGCCACCAAAGAUGGUGCUGCUACUAUUGGAUUGGAUGACUACUGUGGAUUAAAGAAACUACCCAGACAUGCAAGUAGAACCAUAAAUAGAUCUAUUAGAGAAGUUACUGCAUCCAAGCAAAACAAGGGCUCAACCCUAUCAAUUCCUUCUUUGCUACCUUAUCAGCUAAAAAUAAUUCUUCAGAACACAUGAACAAAUUAUAAAAUUGAUC